AAACAAUAAUUUCACCCAUUUUCUGACCCCAAAAAAAAAUAAAAUUACAGAGAGAGAGAGAGCGCUCUCAACUUUCAUAUUCGAAGAUUCAAUAAGGCUUGAUUUGAGGUCAUACUGAACCAAAAGCGGAAAAGUCGGUCGCCAUCACCACGAGCUCACUGUAAUUGUUUACACAGAGAGAGAGAGAGAGAGAGAGAGAGAGAGAGGGGGGGAUUUGAGCUGAUCUUGGUGGUGGCUGGUGGGUGGGGAGAUGGCGAUACUGUACGCGCUGGUAGCGCGGGGAUCGGUGGUGCUGGCGGAGUUCAGCGCCACGUCGACGAACGCGAGCACAAUCUCCAGACAAAUCCUCGAGAAAAUUCCCGGCAACAGCGACACCCACGUCUCCUACUCUCAGGAUCGCUACAUCUUCCACGUCAAGCGCACCGAUGGCCUCACCGUCCUCUGUAUGGCCGACGAGACCGCCGCCCGGAGAAUGCCUUUCGCUUUCCUCGAAGACAUUCAUCAGAGAUUCGUCAGGACCUAUGGCCGCGCUGUUCAUUCGGCUCAGGCAUACGGCAUGAACGAUGAGUUUUCUAGGGUUUUGAGCCAGCAGAUGGAAUACUACUCUAAUGAUCCUAAUGCCGAUAGGAUCAAUCGCCUGAAAGGUGAAAUGAGCCAGGUGCGAAAUGUGAUGAUUGAGAACAUUGACAAAGUUUUAGAAAGAGGGGAUCGCUUGGAAUUGCUGGUUGAUAAAACUGCUAAUAUGCAAGGGAAUACCUUCCGAUUUAGAAAGCAAGCUCGCCGUUUCAGAAGCACUGUGUGGUGGAGAAAUGUCAAGCUCACGGUUGCAUUGAUAUUCCUUGUGCUGGUGAUAAUUUAUGUUGUGCUGGCUUUUGUUUGCCAUGGCCUUGCACUACCCUCCUGCUUGAAGUGAUAGUGAGAAACAAGUAGAUUGGAAUGUGCUUCCUCUUCAUAUUCCUCCUCUUCUGGGUAUAUGGGAUUCUUCUAUUUAAACUUCCACUGUUGUAAGUUGUGUCAGAGUGUCAUUUCUAUGUGAUUUGAAAUGGCUCAGUUGUGUGUGUUAGCCCGUGGGAGUUUUGAACUGGUUCCGGUUGUAUGUUUGUUUUUCUUUUUUGGCCAAAAGGUUGUAUGUUUCUUAAAACCGUGGCUUGAUGAGUUUAUAUUUGUGGCUGGUCUCAUUUAUCUAAUUGUUUUAUUCGAUUGUGAAUUUUGACUAA